AUGGUCAACUUUGUGCCGCUCUUUCAAACACUCCUCACAGUGGGGCUCUUGGGCAAUGGAUUCGAGAAAAUCGUCGACAAUUUUGAUGGUAAGCUACUUUAAUUACCACUUUUUUUUAAACAAAUACCAAAUUUAUAUUUUUUCUCGAAAAAAUUGACUGAAACUUCAAAAAUCGGCUUUAGUCAUACGAAAAAAAACAAAUUUAAUUUUUACGAUCUUGGAAUUACCUAGCAAAUAAACUGAAAACCUCCAAAAAAGGAAUUGCAUUGGCCGGGAAUCGAACCCGGGUCGCCCGCGUGGCAGGCGAGCAUUCUACCACUGAACCACCAAUGCACGUCUCGUUCCCCUUUCAAUUUUCGCCACUAUUCUUUUCCCUCUUUUCGCACGUUUUUUAUCGUUACUUUUUGUUUGCAGAUCAAAGAUCUUCCCACGCGGACGAACAUAAAUAUCUGGAUAGGCUGAAUCCCAAACAAUUCGCCCAGUUCUUCACCUAUGUGGAUGCCACUGGAGGUAAAAAGGAAGAGGAAAUUUUGGAGACCGCGAAAAAGCUGGCAGAAGACCCAAAAAUCGCACAAAGCGCGAAAUUAUUGGUAGUGGACACCUUGAAAGCCAACAAUAUCAGCGAAAAUGUGAUCGACUUUGUAAAUGAGGUAUGAUAUAAACUAACAUUCAUCUUAAUCUUAAUUUUUAAACUGUUUUAGGCAGGAAACCAAGCUCAAAACAUUCUGAAAACCAUCAAUGGAGAGGAAAAUGAUGUCCCUGAAGUCAUAAAACCGCUUUUGCGAAAGUUCAGAAAGCUUUCAAGCGCUGACAACAAACUUUUGGAGAAGGUCUUGGGUGCCCCUGUCAAUGUGCUGAACUGUAAUUUAAUUUCCCAUUAUCAAAAUUUUGAUUUUAGCUCCCGAAGCAGCUGAACUCAUUGAUGAAUCUCCUAAACCAAAAUCGGAGCCCACAACGACUCCAAUGCCGUCCACAACUCCCAAAAUUCAUCACAAACUCCACGAUGAGCACAUGAACUCCAGUUUUGGGCAGUCUUCUGCAUUAGCAGCAGCUUUCACACUGAUUUUUGCCUUCAUAUUGUACUAG